ACUUGCUCCUAGAGACUGCGCCUUCUCACAAAGAGGGGUCCUUGGACGGGCUCCUCUUGAGUCCCCCUUGGACUAAAGAGAUGGAUGGCUGUGAACCCCAAAUCUGCCCUGGCAGCCCUUUGUUGAGGCCGUUGGACUUGGCCAUCAUCCCCCAGCUUGGCUCGGGAGUGGACCUCUUUCCUCCUCUCCAGUCUUCCAGUAAUCUCGGCCCGCAACACGAGUUUGGGCAGGCCGAACAUACUGAGGACCAGUCUCCGAGUUCUCCCGAGGAGGCUCCCCGGCUCCGAGCUGUCUUCGAUGCCCUGGACCGUGAUGGGGAUGGUUUUGUGCGGAUAGAGGAGUUCGUCCAGUUUGCCACAGUCUAUGGAGCAGAACAGGUGAAGGACCUGACCAAGUUUUUGGAUCCGGCUGGGCUUGGCGUGAUCAGCUUUGAGGACUUCUAUCGGGGCAUCUCAGCUAUCCGAAGUGGAGGAGAUCCUGACAAUCAGCUCUGCACUAUGGGGUACACCCACGAUGAACCACCUUCUGCCUGUCCAGAUGAGUUUGAUGACUUUGUUGCAUUUGAGGCCAAUGAGGUGACGGACAGCGCGUACAUGGGCUCCGAGAGCACCUACAGCGAGUGCGAAACGUUCACGGACGAGGACACCAGCACGCUCGUCCACCAGGAGAUGCAUGACGAAGUGGAGACGGACAGCGCCAUCGACUCCGCCGUGCCCUCGGAGUUCACGGACCCCAUUGAGGAAGUGGAGAGCGGACCUCACCCUCACGACCUGCCCUUGACUUCAGAUGUCAACGGCCACUCCAUCGUCACCGUCAUCAGCGGGGAGGAGCACUUUGAGGACUACGGGGAAGGGAACGAGGUGGACCUCUUCUCGGACAGCUUGUGCAACGGAGAAAGUGGCUUCAGCAGCUCCUCUUUCCUUUCUCCCAGUCCAAAUAAGAGACUCUCGAGCAAGAAGGUAGCAAGGCACCUGCAUCAGACGGGAAGCCUCAGCGUGGAUGCAAUGGAGGAGGCUUUCCAGAACAACUCUGAGUGCCUGGAGGAGGACAUUGCUGAGAAGGUUAUCUUCCUUGAGAAAAGGGUGACGGAGCUGGAAAAGGACACCGCUGCAAAUGGGGAGCAGCACAGCCGAUUAAAGCAAGAAAAUCUUCAGCUCGUGCACAGAGCCAAUGCCCUGGAGGAGCAGCUGAAAGAGCAGGAGCUGAAAUCGGAUGAGGUCCUCAUGGAAGAAAUCCGAAGGCAGAGGGAGCUGCUCAGCAAGAUGGAACGGGAGAAGAGCAUUGAGAUUGAAAACCUGCAAGCCCGGUUUCAACAGCUGGACGACGAGAAUGGCGAACUCCGGUCCUGCGUCCCUUGCCUGAAAGCCAAUAUUGAGCGGCUGGAGGAGGAGAAACGGAAGCUGUUGGACGAAAUAGAAGAUCUCACGGUGCAGCUCAGCGAGGAGCAGGAGAACAAGAGAAAGCUGGGAGAUAAGCUGAACCACGAGAAACACCAGUUCCAGAAGGAGAAGGAAUCCACGCAGGAGCUGAUUGAGGACCUCAGGAAGCAGCUGGAACACCUGCAGCUCUUCAAGCUGGAGGCGGAACAGCGAAGGGGAAGGAGCAGCAGCACAGGCCUCCAGGAAUACAACAGCCGGACGCGGGAGACGGAACUGGAGCAAGAGAUCAGGCGGCUCAAGCAAGAUAACCGAAACCUGAAGGAGCAGAAUGACGAGCUGAACGGGCAGAUCAUCAACCUCAGCAUUCAAGGCGCCAAGAAUCUCUUCUCUGCUUCCUUCUCUGAAUCUCUGGCUGCAGAAAUCAGCUCGGUCUCCAGAGAUGAGCUGAUGGAGGCAAUUCACAAGCAAGAGGAGAUCAAUUUCCGACUCCAAGACUACAUCGACCGGAUCAUUGUGGCCAUCAUGGAAACAAACCCAUCCAUCCUGGAAGUCAAAUAGGAGGCUGAGAGCUAUGGACUUGCGGUCCUGAAGACACCUGGGUGUGGUGGAUUUGCUGCUCUAAGGAGGAGGACACUGGCAAAGUCUUCGCUCUGUAAAGAAAGCACAGGAAGCCUCACGUCGGAUUGGUUGGGUGACGGAUCCUGGUGGACUUGUGGGAGAGAGGACCCAGCUGUUCAACCCGGCUGCAUAGACUCCGGAGGUUUUUGGAGCUCUCCUGGCCGGUGGGGGUGGGGGUGGCCAAAGGGAAUCUGGAGAAAAGGAUGCAAGAAGCCACAGAACAAGGUGUCAAACAGGGGCGGGGGAUGUGGCAGACAUUGGGCUGCAACUUGAAACCCCCUUCCCGUAUGCUUGCAAUCCUAACUACAUGUGAUAGAUACAGGAAUGGGAUGGAGAAGUGGGGAGAUGAUCCAGAUCUCUCUGCACCUGGCAGUCAUAAUGAGGUGAUAAAGGGAAGGGAAGAGAGAGAGAGAGAGAGAGAGUUUCCAAAAUACCUCCCUGCCUUGCCCUGCCCACACAUCUCGGCUUCUCUAUCUCUUCCUGAAAGCUCACCAAGGUCACACCGAUUACACUCGGCAGCAUGUCCCUUCUUGAAGCUGUACGUGCUCUCUAGGAAGCAUCAAAUGCCACAAGGAAUGUGGGAGAAUUCUCCUUGUUUAGCCAGUGGAAGGGGAAAGAGGGCUGCCUUUGGCCCAUAUCUAGUUCAUAAGCUUUGUGCUCUCUGGCUUGCGGAAACAUGUUGUUUCAUUUGCACCCAGCAAAAUAUUGGGGGUGGGGGGCUGCUGCAUGUAGCUUUGUGUAUUUCUUGCCCCCCUCCUUUUGGGAGAGCCAGCUGCCUUAAAAAAACAAUAACCCAAAACUGGUACAUUUCCCAACAAGCCAGAUUGGGUGUGCAAAGAGAACAACUCCUGAAAGGCAGGCUCUCCGGUGAUGGGAUAAAGAAUUGGACCACGGACACCAUCUGGUUGAAGAUCCAGUGACGGUGGGUGAUGAUCCUGUAGGCACCUGGCUGCCGGGUGAUGGGGUUGGUCUGCUGGAGCAAGCCGUGGACGGCUGGGCUGGGCUGGAGAUGCUCAGCUGAUGAUGCUGUAGUGGUGGAGGCAGAGCUAUUUCCCACCUCCGCCUUCCCUGCCAGACACAGCAGCAACCACUUCCUUACACCUUCGUUGCACACCCUUUCUUCGUUGCAGCUCGUCCUCUUAUUUUCUUAUCAGUUCAGUCACUUUAAAGCAGGAAUAGCAACUAUGCUUCCCCGUUUUUAAA